AGGAGAAGAGAAAGUCAGCCAAGUGCAGGUGUUCUUGCAACCCUGUAAUGGGAAAAACCACAAGGUGGAAUUCUUCCUUCCCCCUGCACAACUUUUAAAGAUACAGAAGACCUCUUGGUUGCCAGGCCCGGCCUCCACCUUGUGGUUUUUCUCAUUACAAUGUUGCAAGAACACCUGCACUUGGCUGACUUUCUCUUCUCCUAAAGAUAUAGGAUCAGUCUCAAGCCAUGGACCUGGCAACCCUAAUCUGAAUGGAUUAAAACCUCUGGACCAUUAUAAGCCAUUCUAGAAAGACAUCUUGACUUAAUGUCUGGGAGCUGGAAAGUGGCAUUUCUAACAUGCAGUUUUUUCACCUCAGUGAUGACUCAGGGGUUGCCAUGAGUCGUAAUCUACUUGAAGGCACGUAACAACAACAAUCUUUAUGGAAGAGAUCACAGUUCAUUGGUAUGUUAUCUGCUUUGCAUGGGGCAAAGUCCCAGCUUCAAUCCCCGGCUGUAAGUGGAGUAUCCCGGAGAGCAGCUGCCGAAGGAACAGAGAGUGGUGAAAAGGAGAACUUGGAGCAAAGUUCUUGGCGGCAAGAUUGAGUGAAACCUGAUCAGCCACUACCGCCCUGCCGUUUUGUCCUAUUGGUUAGCCUUGGUCUUAUUGGACAGCCUUGUCAGCCAAUCCCGGCUCAGGGGUGGCUCCUGCGCCGUUUUCCUUUCGCUCUGAGCAAAGCAGCGACUCAGAGGGUUGUGCGCGCUUUGUUGCUGAGGUUGGCGAACGGGGCUACUCUGAGCUCAGGCGAGAUUCCUCCGCUGGUUCCCCUCGCUCCGCUAUAACAACAGAAGUGCAGCAAGAGCGAUUCUGGAGCCCUGGUCUAGAUGGGUCUGGUUCAGUGGUGCCUCCAGCUCCUUGGAGCAACUGCCCUCCUGUUGCUGAUGGGCUGUCACGGCACCUCCGCCCACUCCCUAAGCAUAUCCUACUUGUUGGUAUCGGAGCCUGACCAGAGUCUGCCCCAGUUUGUUGGCAUGCUGUAUGUGGACAACCAGCUCAUUGGCCAGUAUGACAGCGAAGUGAAAAGGGCCCUUCCUAAAGUCCCCUGGAUGGGGAAGGCAGAGAAGGAUGACCCUUAUUUCUGGGACUGGAGCACCCAGAGAGCUGUCUCAGAGGAGUGGCGGUUCAGGGACGAUUUGCAGGCCCUGCAGAAACACAACAACCACAGCAAGGGGUUUCACACCUGGCAGCGUGGGAACGGCUGUGAGCUGAGCAAAGAUGGGCGCAAGGGAGGAUAUUAUCAGAAUGCUUGUGAUGGGAAGGACUUCAUCAGCCUGGACAUGGAGACCCUCACCUGGACGGCAGCCGAUGUCAGGGCUGAGGUGAUCAAGAGGAGGUGGGAGGCUAUUGAAUCCCUUAUCCAAAGACGUAAAGACUUCCUGGAAAAGGAGUGCAUUGAGUGGCUGCAGAGAAUAGUGGAGUAUGGCAAGGAGAUUCUGAUGAGGAGAGAGGCCCCAACAGUGCAGGUGACACGCAAGAAGGGGUUCAGUGACUUAGAGACCUUGGCCUGUCAUGUCCGCGGCUUCUACCCCAAGGAGAUCGAUGCCGCCUGGAGAAAGGACGGGGAGAUUGUGGAACAGGAGACUUUCCGCAGGGAUGUCGCCCCCAACUCAGAUGGGACCUACUACGCCUGGCUCAGCAUCAAGAUUGAUCCCAAGGACAGGGACUGUUACCGGUGCCACGUGGAGCAUGAUGGCCUAUCGGAGCCUCUGGAUGUGGCCUGGGAAGAGCCUGGAAGCCACCAGGCUCUGCCCGAAGCCAUCAGAGGUUCGCCAGAGUUAAGUGCCGCAGCAAUCCUAACCCAGAAGUGGGACAUAACCGAAGCUGAUUUUGGCAACUCCUUUAGCAUUUCAUCGGCCACGGAUCCACCCACCCGCGUGCCGGGCAUUGCGCAGAAGUUGUGCGCGGCGCAGUGGUUUUGCUUGCAGGCCGAACUUCCGUGUUCGGAAGAACUUUCGAACUUGCCGCUCGAAAAGGAAUCCAAACUCGUUUUAUCCCCGGCCCCGCCGGAGCUGCUUGCACCCAGCAACCGGUGCCGUAAUCUGCAGGCCGUUUUCCUAUUGGUGGAAUAUUUUCAUCUCGGCCGUUCCAGGCUCUUACUCCGGAUUCACAGUUUCUAUAGGAGUAAGGGUCUAUGCGCCUCUUGGAUGCGCGGUUCACGUCGAAAUGGGGCUUCUCCGGGGGCCCUUUUAUUCCUGGCGGCAGCUACCCCUCUCCUGCUGGGCUUUCCUGGGUCUUUCUCUCACUCCCUGCAUUAUUUCUGCACGGGGGUGUCAGAGUCCAGCCAGGAGCUGCCCCAGUUCACUGCUGUGGGGUACGUGGAUGACCAGCUCUUUGUUCAGUACGACAGCAACACUGAAGCGUAUCGGCCUCGAGUCUCCUGGGUGGAGAAAGUGGAGGAGGAGGACCCUCAGCACUGGAGGAAGGGCACCCAGACAUUCAUGAAGGCUGACAUGGAGUUUCGGAAAUACCUGCCAGCUCUACGGAAUUGCUACAAACAAAGCAAAGGCUUUCACACCCUGCAGCUCAUGUACGGCUGUGAGCUGAGCCCCAACGGGCGCAAAGGAGGGUACUGGCAAUACGGCUACGAUGGGAAGGACCAUGUCCAUUUCAACAAGGAGACCCAAACCUGGGUGCCCGCCAAGACGGAGGCUCAACGGAACGAGAGCAUGAGGGACCCUAUCUUGGCGCUUUCCCCAAACAGGAAGGCCUACCUGGAGAAGGACUGCAUUGAGUGGCUGCAGAAAUACCUGGAGUACGGCAAGGAGGCUCUGCUGAGGACAGAUCCCCCCACGGGGAAGGUGACGCACCAGGCAGGUCAGGAUGACCAGGAAUCCCUCAUCUGCCAGGCCUAUGGCUUCUACCCCAAAGAGAUUGACACCUUCUGGAGGAAGGACGAGAAGGACAUGGUGCAUACCACCUUCCGCAGGGAUGUUGCUCCCAAUUCCGAUGGGACCUACCAUGCCUGGCUCAGCAUUGACAUCGACCCACAGGACAGGGACCACUACCGGUGCCAUGUGGAGCAUGAUGGCCUGCGGGAGCCUCUUGUCUUGGCCUGGAAAGCAGCUGGGAGAGCCCAUCGCUGGGGGAUUAUGGCUGCUGUUGUCCUGUCUGUGCUUGUCUGGAUCAUCAUCUUCAUCAUCCUGAGGACAAACUGUCCUCUGAAGCUGGAAUUUGCAUUGGGAGGAAAUCCCCAAUUGCUGACAAUGCAUGAGAAUCUGAGGGGGGGAAUACCCUACGAAGCAGCGUCAGCCAGUGACCAGGAAUCCAACAACUCUGUCAGGGUGGACAUUCCAGACAUAACGGAAGUAGAAAGGAGGAAUCGCUUAGUGAUGGGAACAGCAACAAUGGGUUGGGAUUUGAAAGUGGAUCAAGAGAAAGUGUAAAACUGCUCCCAGCAUAUACUGAAGUCUUCCGCUUAUGAAAUUCCACACUCCAGCAGUGAGAGGCGCCUGGGGUUGGGAUGGCCUAUCAGGGCUGCUUUGAGAUGAGAAUGUGGGGGCCCUGAAUUAUUCCCCCUGCCCGCUCUUCUGCUUUGCGCAGCCUGUUGCAGCAAAAACAACAGUCUCCACAAAAGGAUGAAUGGGCAGAGUUCUGACAUCAGAAAUGGCGAGGUUCAAAAACUCUCCAAGACAGUGACCUUAAAGUGGACAUCCUGAACAAAGGGAGACUGCCAGGAGCAACAGCUGAAUUGCAGUUCUUCAAGAGGUUCAAUGCUGUCUGCUGUGGACUGAAUCGGGCCAAAGGUUUAUUAAUCACAUUACAGAGAUUUUGUUUUCUGUUGCUGCUGGUGAGGGGUCCCAGGGCAGGGAAGAGGCCAUGUCCAUCUGCUUGCCCACCCGGCUCCUGGAUGACCAACCGGUCCGGAAGGAUGCUGUCACGGACUCCAAAGGAGGAAAGUGGAAACAGCUGCGGCAAAUGGACUUGUCUCCACACCACAGAUCAGCCAAGAAGGUGGCUGCAGUGCAGACCUUUUGGGGUCUCCAUGAGAGCGCCACCCCCUUGAAUUUUGUAUUGUGGAAUGCAUUACCCGACAGGAGCAGGGAGUAUAAUUGGAUGGUAACUGGAGCAUUUUUGCUGCCCAGAGUGAGAAUUUGCAUUGUCAUGUUCUUGUAUGUUUCAAAGUUGCUCAAUACCAAAGUUGCCCAGUGUGAGAGACUGAACUAGUAUAGAGUACUGCCCUACUUGGAUAAGAGAUGGGAAGGGAAUGGUUACGUGGCUGUUUGUGCAACACUAUAUUCCCCUAGAUGCAGGUGGGUGAAUGAGCAGGUUGUAAAUUACGCUUAAUACUUCUUGGUAUUGAACUAAAUUGUUCAGGGUUGUUAAAACAAAAAGGGAUUGCAAAGAGCUCCAAGACAACCUCUCCAAACUGAGUGAAUGGGCAGUGAAAUCGCAUAUGCAAUUCAGUGUAAACAAGUGUAAAGCUAUGCAUAUUGGAACAAAAAGUCUUAAUUUCACAUAUAUGCUCAUGGGGUCUGAACUGGUGUUGACUGACCAGAGAUGAGACCUUGGGGUUGUAGUGGAUAGCUCGAUGAAGAUGUUGAGCCAGUGUGCAGCAGCUGUGAAAAAGGCACAUUCCGUACUAGAGAUCAUUAGGAAAGGUGUGGAAAUAAAACUGCCAGUAUCAUGAUGCCAUUGUAUAAAUCUGUGAUGAGACUGCAUUUGGGAUAUUCAAAAAGGAUAUUGUAGAGUUGGAAAAUAUUCAGAAAAAGGCAACCAAAAUGAUCAAGGGGAUGGAGAGUCUCCUGUAUGAGCAAAGUUGCAGCAUUUGGGACUUUUUAAUUUAGACAAAAGAUGAGUCAGAGGUGACAUGAUAUAAAAUUAUGCAUGGCAUGGAGAAA